AUGUAUAAAAAUUAUAAACUAGUGUCGAAUGGCACAAAAACUGUUAAUGCAUAAAGUUUAGUUAGUUUAAACAUUUAAACAAAUAUUGAUACACCAAAUAAAAUUAGUAAAUUUAAAAAGAGAGAGAUUUCAUAAGAUGAAAGUUAAUCAAGACCAAAAAUUUCUAAUCAUAAAAAAUCACAUAAAGUUUAACCGAAGCCAGAGUAAAAGGUUGCAUCUCUUAUUCAUGAUGAAUUGAUGAAAUAGAAUUCAACUAGUUCUUUAUAUCAGGAAUACAAAAUGGCUAAUCUCAAAGCUAACCUUUAAAAAUUAUAAGCUCAAAAAAAAUGUAACCUAGUAGAACUUAAUCAUGUUGAAUUGUCUGAUGAUGAAUAGAUUAAUUACUUUCUGACAGAAUUAUGUAAAUAACAUCCUGAAGUUGAUAUUGGUAAACUCUUAAAUGUAGAUGUUGAGAAGAUUUCUAUGACUCAACAUCAGGACAAAUUAAAUGAAUUGAUAGAAAAGAGAAUAAAUUAAGAAGAAUUUGAUUAAAUCCUAAGUAAGGAUGAGAAAAAUAAUUUGAUCAAAGUGUAUAAAGAAUCUAGAUUUGAUCAAUUUGAACCAGAGUAUAGUAAAAAGAAUAAAUUAAAAAUGAUUACAUUUAAAAAAUAAAAAGAAAUCUAAGAUAAACUUUUUGCUUAAAUCUUUGAAAAUGAAGUUUAAAAUAUAACAUAAAAAGCAGAUCUAAGAAAAUUUUACAGAACUCCGCCACCACAAUAAAUACAAAAUAAAGUUAAAAGGAGAUUAAAAUUUGGAAUUUAUAAUAAACCUUUGUCUCAUAGAUAAUCUCCUGAAAUUAGCAAUUUUGAAUCAAGGCCUCAAACUGCCUUAAAUACACAUACGCAUUCUUAGACAUUCUUGACAACUAAACAAAAAUGGAAUGGAAAAGGUGUAGAUCCAGAUACUUAGCAUUAAAUGCAAGAUAUUAUAGGAUAUUGUGUUGAAUUAGAAGAUGAACAAAAGAAGGAAAAAAAAUCAUUUAAUAGAAAAAUAAGAAGAAUGAAUAAGGAAAUACAAAGGUCAGCUAGAACAGUGUCUGAAUAAUUUCAAAAUGAAGAAAAGCAAACCAUUCAACAUGAAGAAUUUAAAAAAUUUUAAAGUGAAAAUUAAUUCAAAAGAAAACUAAUUGGCUUUCUUUUGAAUUAAGUUGCUGAUAAAAAUGAAAUUUUGAGUUAAAGAGCACGAAAGGAAUAGACAAAUAAAUUUAUUCAUAAAGUGUCAAAGUUAAGUAGUGAAUUAUGA